CAUGCAGCGAUUUAACCUAAAAAUAACUAUGAAUUAUUCUGUACUUGCCAAUAUGAAAUUUACACCCAUAUUAUCAUGAACGACCUUAAAUCACCAACUGUGUGUUUGUGCUGAGUCGAGUGUGACCAGAUAAUUCGGCUAUUAUGCUAUAUUUAUUACACAGCAAGGACUUAUUUGUAUGCAAACGUGUAUGACAUUUGUUAUAUUUGGUAUUGACGGCCUACCACAUUGUUGUUUCCUGAAGUGAAGUCGAAGAAGAAAGAAUCUGUCGCUAUAACUGUCACUAUAACUGUCACUAUAAAUAAGAUGACUUGAGAUACCAAAUGUUAAAAGCAACGCUUUAAAUACCAGCUAAGAAAAACAGUGGCAAAGAACUUGGAUAGUUCGAUACUCGUUGUAAUGCUAAAUAGGAAUUUGGAAAAAUGGGUGUUCAGGCUCCUGCUCGCGUGUGUCAUAUUCAUGUUGUAUACGACCAUAUGGGACUCUCAAAAUGUGGAUAUCGACGAUGGUACACAGACCGAUAGGAGAGCUUUGGUGGAGCGUGGCGGGGAUUUCAACGAUGUAGGUAAAGAGGAUACGAUUGAUUUUGACCCUGCGCCAGAAGUGAAUAAAGUUGAAGCUAUGCACCGUAUUACGGGAACGGUUGACUCAAUGCACAUAAGCCCUGCUCUACAACACAAGCUUUUCGCUAAACAAGAGCAAAUAUUCGCUCUGCCCCGCCCCGAUGACGCAACAUAUAAUGUGAAUGCGACCAAAAGUGAUGCAACACUACUCGACCGAGAAAUUGUUGACUCGAGGCCCGGAGCAUGCCAACGACGAAAUUACGCAACGGACAAAUUUCCAACAGCCACAGUUGUGAUACCUUUCUAUAACGAAGUCCUAUCGAUGUUAUUGAGAAGUGUCCAUAGUGUAUUGAAUCGUUCUCCUCCGAACUUAUUAUCAGGUGUAAUUUUAGUGGACGAUUACAGUGAGAAUGGCAACCUUAAAGAUCCACUGGAUGAAUAUGUCAAGAUGCUUCCUAAGGUUAAGGUACUGAGGAACGAGAAACGGGAGGGAUUGAUUAGGUCGCGAAUCAGGGGAGCAAAAGAAGCACAUGGCGAGGUCAUUAUAUUCUUAGAUGCCCACACUGAGUGUAAUGUUGGAUGGUUGGAACCUCUACUAAAUGAGAUAUACCACAAUCCUAGAACAGUUCUCCAACCCAGUAUAGACGGCAUACACCAGUAUUCUAUCGGAUACUCGGGGCAAUCCGGACUUGUACCCCGAGCUGGUUUCUCCUGGGAUCUCAGAUUCGUUUGGAUGCCAAUGCCGUUUUACGAACACCAGCGGAGGCGUUCGGAAUACCAACCCUGGAGAACACCCGUCGUGGUGGGCUGUGCUAUUGCUGUGCAGAAAAAAUACUUCUUCGAUAUCGGUGCAUUUGACGAAGGCAUGGAUAUUUGGGGCGGUGAAAAUGUAGAGAUUGGUUUCAGAACUUGGAUGUGUGGGGGGCAAGUCUUAAACGUGCCUUGUUCGAGGGUAGGUCAUACUUUCAAGGAGAUUAACUAUGCCUUCGGUAAGCAGAAACCAGGAUGGAAGCUGGAAAAGGCUCGAGUUAUCCAAAAGAACGGUAUGCGAGUGGCGGAGGUGUGGAUGGGGGAUUUGAAAAAAUAUUUUUACGCUUCAACUCGAGUGUUUUCUGCUCGACGAGUUUCUUUCACAAAGGAUGAAUUAAAAAGUGUUGAAAAAAGGAAAAGGGAAAUGGCAAAACUCAAUUGCAAAAGUUUUGAUUGGUACAUUAAAAACAUAGUUCCAGAGAUGGAAAUCCCGCCCGGUGAUGCGAUCUUUUACGGGGAGGUACGCAACAGUAAGAGUACCGCAUGCUUCACCAUCAUGCCAGGAAAUAUUGUCGGGAUCACUUACUUUUGCUUCAUUCAUAGAAUCUUACCCGAAAAUAAUUUUUACAUUUCAAAAACUGGGAAUUUACAUCACAAAGACAAAUGCAUCCGAGUAGACAAAUACGAUAAACUACUCCACCUAACCACAUGCACCGAGGCUGUCAGGACGACAACUUUUAGUAUGGAGCCCCAUCAAUACCCAUGGGGUACUUUGGUUGUUAAACUCAAAGAUGGAGACAAGACGCUGAAAUAUUGCGUGACUCAAGUAAAGAGUAUGUUUGGAGAUCAUAAAGGAACACAGAUAGCUCAAGCAUUGGCCUGUAGCACGGACAAGGCAUAUCAAAAAUGGGAGUUCACUUAUAAGUUCGAUCAUUUAUGACAAUGUACACAUGUGCGAUAAGAACGUUUCCAAACUGGAAAAUGUCCUCACCCCUUUGCACGCGGAAUCUGGUCGUGUAUAAAUAGUUGUAUCUUGCCUGUAUCAGGCAUCGUAACAGUUGGUAAAAUGGAAGUUAUAAUAACUUUUGUACUAAUCAAAAUGAAAAUGCCAUAAGUCUUGUCUUAAAAAACUAGUUGGAUUUGCUAUUGUUGUAUUGUUUGAGAUCUGUUUCUGCGAAGAAGGCAUGGUUCAUCACCGUGGUGAUACCAUACCAUACCGCACCACACCAUACCACAGCACACCACACCAUACCACACCACACCUGGAUACUACUAAUCGAAAUAUCCACAAUCUAGAGAUGAAGUGGGCGAGUCUUACCAAAUUGUGUCACACUAUAAAUGUGACAAGAACAAUCUAUUUAUGUAAUUUUAUAACUUCAAACUAAAUGUUUAUUUGUAUAACUGAUCAAUCAGAGGUUUUAAUAAAGAAACAUAAUAAGCCA